AUGGACCCCGUGGCCGCUCACAGCUGCCACCUGCUCCAGCAGCUGCAGGAGCAGCGGGUGCAGGGCCUGCUCUGCGACUGCAUGCUGGUGGUCCGAGGGGUCUGCUUCAAAGCACACAAGAACGUGCUCGCGGCCUUCAGCCAGUACUUCAGGAGCCUCUUUCAGAACGCCUCGGGCCAGAGGAGCGACGUCUUCCACCUGGAUCUCAAGAACGUCAGCGGCAUCGGGCAGAUCCUGGACUUCAUGUACACCUCUCGGCUGGACCUCAGCCGGGACAACGUGCACGUCAUGGUGGACGUCGCCCGGUGCUUGCAGGUGCAGAACGUUCUGAGUCUGUGCCAGAUGUUUUUAAAGUCGGCCUCGCCUGUGGCCGAGGAGCCGGCCCCCGGCCUGCCCUGCAGGGGUGCGACCUCCCUGCCGAGUGCGCCGACUCCAGAAGCUCCCUGUGUUCCCAGCGAGAGCUUCCCCCCUCACCUGCUGCAGGAGGGCCCGCGUGAUGUGCAGCCCCGCAAGUCCCCCAACACGCCCCAUAAUGCUGAGGGGGGUGCCCCAAAACAGGCCCUGGGCUCCCUGGAUGGAAGCAGCAGCGGCGAGCUGCCGCCCAAGCAGCCGAGCUACUGCUACAAACUCAGAACCUUGUACAGUAAGCAGCCCUGCAGGCAGGCCUCGGGCCCCGACCCCGCAUGCCCAGGGGAGCCUCCGCUCCCACUCCCUGCGGCCCCAGACCACCCGCCUCGGGCCCCCAGCCAGGCCAAGUGCAGCCUGGACCCUCCCAAGCACCCGCCCUCCCACUUCGUGGCCCGGCCUCCAAGCCCUGCGGCCCUGGGCUCAGAGCCCCCCAAACCCAUGCGGCUCAAGAAGGCCGUGCACCUGAAAGCACUAAGCAUCCUCAAGUCCCAGCAACCGGCGGAGCCGCCCGCCUCCGAGCCCGUGGCCCAGAGGACGGGCUCUGCUCACGGAGGCCCGCGGUCACGCGCGGGCAGCCCUGGUCCCCUGGACAACGAGCACGAGGAGCUGGCCAGCCCGGAGAACUCGGGCUGGAGAGCGGGCGGCCCCGCCGACCUGCAAGACCCGUCGCAGGCCCUGCAGCCGCAGAGACAAUACGCCUGCGAGUUGUGCAGGAAACCCUUUAAACACCCAAGCAACCUGGAGCUUCACAAGCGCUCUCACACAGGUGAGAAACCCUUUGAAUGUCACGUCUGUGGGAGGCACUUCUCUCAGGCGGGAAACUUGCAGACGCACCUCCGCCGGCACUCCGGGGAGAAGCCGUACAUCUGCGAGGUCUGUGGCAAGAGGUUCGCCGCCUCUGGGGACGUGCAGCGGCACAUCAUCAUCCACUCCGGAGAAAAGCCGCACCUGUGUGACAUCUGCGGCCGAGGCUUCAGCAACUUCAGCAACCUGAAGGAGCACAAGAAGACGCACACGGCCGACGAGCUCUUCACCUGCGACGAGUGCGGCAAGUCGUUCAACAUGCAGAGGAAGCUGGUGAAGCACCGUGUCCGCCACACGGGCCAGCGCCCCUACAGCUGCGCGGCCUGCGGGAAGAGUUUCGGGGGCUCCGGGGACCUGAGCAGGCACCUGCGCACGCACACGGGCGAGAAGCCCUACACCUGUUCAGACUCCGUGCACGAUUACUUCGCGAUCUAA